AUGAAUUAUCUUUUUAUAAUCAGCUCUUUGAUAAUAUAUUCAAUUUUUGGCGAAUUAAUAUUGCUCACAAAUGGAGAUCAUUAUCAUGAGAUCUUUGAUAUAAAUAAGCAUGAAUUUUAUACAGAUUGUGAUGAAAAACACAUUUACAUCUAAGAACAUAAAGUUAAUGAGUAAAUUCAAAUGCUCUAAAAAAAUGAAAUUGAAUAAGUAUUGUACUAUUAUAUACUUUAGAUUCUCUAUUAUCCAAAUGAUUAAAAUACAAUACUCAUUUUAGAAAAGAAUGGUAAAAUUACCAUACUGUUUAAAGAUAAUCAAUAAUUCAAUUCCCCCUUUAAAGAAUUGGGAACAUUUGAUUUAAAUACAAAAAACUUACCUUAUUUCACUUGUAGUGACAUGACUUAAUAUUCUCUUGAUAUUUUCAUGGCUGUUUGUAGAUCAAAUAAUGACAUUUACAUUUCCAAAAUUUAAUGUUCUGCUGAAGAAGAUAAAUAUUUAUCUGGUUGUUCUUCAUAAUUGUACUUAGAUACAGAUCAAUUAAAUAAUUGUGAUAAUUUAAAUAUAAUUACUGAAAGUUCUUGGAGAGUUAAAGAUCCUGAAUAUUUUAGUAUUUAUUGUUCAUCUCAAGAGAAUUUCUAAAUCACAAAAUAGUUAUUAAUAGGUAAAUUUAACAAUCAAUCUAAUUCUAUUAAAAUGGUUAAAUUUGAAGGUCCUAUUAAUGAAAUUGAAAAGGUAUCAUUUUUUGAUGAUAAUACUCUUAUGAUAUUAGAUCAUAGAUCAGGAUUACAUGUAUAUAGAUUUAAAUUUACAGAUGAUGGUGAAGUUACUUAUGAAUAAUUAUUAUGGUAAUUAUUUUUACCAAAUGAAUUAUUUUAUGCACUCAGCUAUUCUCAUGAACAAUAUGCUAUUAGAUUUCCACCUAUAGGAAUUAUAGAAAAUGAUAUUCAAUAUAGUAUUGUUAUAUUGAGUGAUCACUUUAUAUAUGAGUUGGCAUUACCUUAAUAAUCUAAAGAUUUCUUCUUUACUACACUCUCUAUUAAUGAUAAAAUUAAUAUCAAGAACAUUCUUAAUGGUAAAUAAAUUAAAAAGGGACAGAUAUAAUAUGAUGAAUAAUUCUAUUAUGUUUGCUUAACAUAUAUCUAAAAUUCUAUUGAAUGUUAUAGAAUUGAUAGACAUUAAUCUUACACUGAAAAAUUAAUACUACAAAAUAAAUAUCAACAUCCUAUGCUAUUAACUUAUCCUGUCUCAUUCUCUACCAUAACUGGACAAACUAAUAUAUUGAUAACUCAGUAGAUGAAUGAAACUUAAGCAAUUUUAACUUUAAUUAAAAAUGAAAUAGAAAGAUUAACAAUAGUAUCUACUUCAAAUGAAGAAUUUCUUUGUUCAAUUGUAUAUAAAAAUAUAAACAAUCAAAAUGUUACACUUACAUUUUAUAAUCAAUAAUUUGAAAGCACAAAUGUAUUUAAAAUAGAACAUCUACAAAAUUACAAUUUUCCUAAUACUGAUUCAACUGUUCUCUAUUCUACCUUAAUAAGGGGGCCUGCAACUAUACUUUAACCUAAAAGUGAUAAGAAAAGUAAGUAUUAAUUAUAUAUUAGAUUAGAUGUUGAAGUAAUAAGCCUUUCUGGCUUUGGAUAUGAAAUGUGGGAAGACUUAUAUUAACAUUUUAUAUAACAUUCUCGAAUCCCAAUUAAAUCAUUUUUAGAUAAAGGAUUUAGAACUAUAUUUUUAUAAAUAGAUUAAGUUAAAAUGAUAAUUUAAUAGGAAAUAACAAAUACAAAUUAUUUUACAUAAAAAAUCUAUUCUUUAGAUUGCUCAUCAGUCAAUAUUGUAAAGAAUAUUGUUAGUAUUUCACCAUAUUAUAUAAUAUUCUAUUAAAAAACAACAUAUUACACUGUUUUGAAAAUAAAAAGAGUAUAAGAGGAUGUUGUAGAAUAUGAUUGUAAAAAUGUAGAGUAUCCACUCUAUGAUUAAUAAUAUGAAGUCUUUGUAGAUUUAGAUUAUAUUAAUUUAUUUUUCAGCACAAACAAUACUAUAUAUUACACUGAUAUUUACUUUAAAAAUUUAAUAACAAUAGAGAUAGAUCGUAGAUUUAGAUAAUUAAAUUUUUAAUUUUUAAAGAAUGAUCUUAUUAUAGGAAGUCAUUAAAAUAAAUUAUAUUAGAUCCAAUUGACAAGUUAAUUUAAAGCUAAUCAUUUUAAGACAGUCAUUACAGAAAUAGAAUUAGGUUAAAUGACACAUAAUUUUAAAUUCUUUGUAUUAUAACUUAAAAAACCUAUAUUGACAUUAGUUAUUGUAGAUGAUAGAAUAACAUUAUAUACAAUAGAUAAUUUAUAAGAUAUUAAAUUUGAUUCCUUGUUACCCUAAUUCAAUAGCAUUAUUAAUGCAAAUGAAACCUAUAUUAAUUAUUAUAUGUUAAUAGUUCCAACUAAUAAACCUAAUGAAUUGUAUGUAUAUGAUUUGUCGAAGACUGGAUCAGAUAGAUUACAUGCAAUUCAUAAAUAUUCAAUUUUAUCAGAACCUAUAACAAUAUGUUAUCCAAAAAUGUAGACUUUUCUAUACUGUUUAUAAUUUGCAAAUGCUGAUAUAAAUUGUUAUUUUAAUAAAAUGCUUGAAUUUGAACUGAUUGCUUCUGAUCCAACAAAUAUUGAUAAUUAAUUCUCUGUUGCAAUUAAUGCUUAAUCUGCAUUAAGUUAUAGUGUAUAAAGUACUCUUAUAAUUAAUAUAAUAUAUAGAAACCCUUACAAUCAAUGGUAGUUUUAGAUAUUAAGAUACUAUGAUAGAGAAGAGUGUAAAAAGAUUAGCAGAAAUUGAAAUCUACAAGACCAAUUUUACAACUUAAUUAAAAAUAAUGGAUUAUUAUUCAGGUCCUAUUUUUAAUUAUUAAUUGUAAAAUGCUAAAGAUUUCAAUAUUAAAAUGUUGCCAUUUAUUUUAGAAUAAGAGGAUAAUCUAGUUAGAUUUAAAAUUGAUUAAAUAAUCUUAGGAACUAGUGUUUCUAAAGAGUAUUUAAUUAUUUUAGGUGAUGAAACUAUAGGUAUAAUAGAUAUUCCCUAAACUUAAUGUAAAUUAUUUAAUAACAUAGAUCACAAAUAAGUAAUAUAGAGUACAAUAGAUUAUGAUGAGAUCAAGAAUGUUUUCUUUGAUCAAGAUUAACCUACUGUUAAUAAUUGUACUAAAUCAUUUAUUAAUCCAUUAUCAAUAGCAGAAUUAUCAGCUAUUCAUAUCAUAGCAUUAUUUUGUUAAUCAAUGAUGGUUAGAAUAGAUGUUACAAAUUAAAUAAAUUAAUUGAGUUUUACAAUCUUAUCUGAUAAUCAACCAAUUGAAAAAUAAUUUUUGGAGAAUUUUUUCUUUUUAAAUAUUAAUUUUAAGGAUUUCUUAUAUUAAAAUUAAAGUUCUUUUAUUUUGGAAGAUGUAAAGAUGAUCAAUUUCCCAAUUCAAUUUAAACCAAAAUAUAAAUUCAUUACUGUAACUGCAAUGGUUAAAGGAAAUAAAAGAUAUGACACAGAAGACAGAGAAAGAGAUAAUUUAAUAUGUAUCUUUUAUGGGUACUUAGAUUAGAAUUAGAGUUCACUUUUGAAUGGAUCACUUUUAGAUGUGAUUGGAGCAUCUAAUUUUAAUCAAAAUACUUUGAUAGUUAACAAUUUUCAGAUGUAUUGUAUUAAAGGUUGUGCUAUACAAGAUGCUAAUAAUAUAAAGAUUGAUACAAUUAUAGAAUUAGUAUUCAAUGAUCAAUAUUCAUUUAAUCUAUUUAAAUUAUAGAUUAGUUUCAUAUACACAACAAAUAAAUAACCAUUAUAUAAAUUAAUAAAUGUGGAAAUUCUAAAUAUAAAAGAAUUAAGUAAAUUAAUAAUUAUAUAUAUUUAGUGAGUAAUUUUGUACAAAAUUAAAUUGAAUUUACAUAUAUUGAUACUGAAGUUCAAUUUUAGAAUGAAUCAACUUAUACAAUUAAUGUAACAACUGAUUCAUUAAGUUUUGAUUUAGUUCAAAUAUCAGGAAGAAUUGAGAUUGAAUAAAUUUUUAAGUAAAAUACAAUUUAAUUUAGACAAUACACUCAAUGUCAAAGUCCACCUGGAUCAUUGAAAGCAUCAUACAAUGAAUAUUUUGCUAUUAGUUGUAGAAAUGCAUCUAGAAACUAUUCUGAACAAACUUAAUUUGUUAAAUUAUUUUUAAGAGGACAAUAAUAGAUAAAUCAUUCUGUGAAAUCUGUAAUACAAGCUGCUUAAAUAUAAGGAAAUUUAAUGUUAUUAGACAUAUAAAAGGGUUAUUUGAAUGAACAUGUUCGAAUGUUAAUAUUGGAAUAAGACAAUAAUUAAUAAGAUUUUUAAUUAAGAUGGUUCGCUCUUAAUGAUCAAUUUACAUUAAUAGUAAUUUAUAUAAUUUAUAUAAUAUAUUAGGCUGAUUAGAAUAGCACUCCUAAGAGUGUAUUGAAUGUAUAAUUAUGUCCAAGUAAUUUAAAUGAGAUUUAAGGUUUAUGUAUGGAUAUAACUAUAUCAAAUACUGGAUAUAAAUAAUAUAUAACAACAGAAUGGUUGCUUUUUGUGUUUUUAAUUGGAUUACCAUUAAUAAUAAGUUGUAGUUUUAUCAUAUAUUGCAUCAUAAAUUAUAAGGCAGAAAAGCAAAAAAGAGUGGAAUCAUUUGGAAUGAAUCUUGAAUAAUAAUUAAAGAAAUAGUCUAGUCAUUUAUAAUUAAAGAUGGAAGAUUCUAUCUAUUGA